AUGCAAAGGUAUCAUGCUACCAACUGCACUAGUGCAGUCAAUAACAGUGCAGUUGGUGGCUCAUUAGGCAGGGAUAAUACUUCCCGUGCUGAGUCAUCUUCCCUUCCAGCUAACUUUCCAUUAAAUCGGCGUACUUCACAACUUGCACCAUACAAAUUGAGGUGUGAGAAAGAACCCCUGAAUUCAAGGCUACCACCACCAGACUUUCACCCUCCAACUGCAAAUUGCCCAGAGGAGACACUUACAAAAGACUAUGUAUUGGGUGGAUACAGAGAAACAGUUGAGGGGCUUGAGGAAUCAAGAGAGAUCUCUUUAUCACAGAUUCCAACUUUCACAAAGCCUGUCAUUUUAAAAUGCAAGGAGGCAAUUAGAAAAUAUCACAGAGCAAUCAAUGAAUCUCGUGCUCAAAAACGCAAGGCUGGUCAAGUUUAUGGAGUUCCUCUUACUGGUAAUUUAUUGAGUAAGCCUGGUUUUUUUCCAGAACAAAAAGCUAGUGGUGAAGAUUUCCGGAAGAAAUGGAUUGAGGGAUUAUCGCAACAACAUAAACGUUUGCGAUCAUUAGCUGAUCAUGUUCCUCAUGGGUAUAGAAGGAAAUCACUUUUUGAAGUUCUUAUUAGAAACAAUGUACCUUUAUUAAGGGCAACUUGGUUUAUCAAAGUAACUUAUCUCAAUCAGGUUCGGCCUGGGUCUUGUACGUCUUCCGGUUCGCCUGACAAGACUCGGUUUUUGCGGUCAGAUCAGUGGACGAAGGAUGUUAUUGAGUAUUUACAGUAUCUUUUGGAUGAAUUUGUUUCAAAAAAUAAUUCCCAUUCUACCCUUCACCUGAAGGACCGGUCUCCUCAGUUUGCUUAUGGUGGUGGGGUCCAGCAUAAGAACGAUGUGUUGGCGGUUGUUGAUGGUGAGGAGCCGUCUGUGCAUUUUAAAUGGUGGUAUGUGGUGAGGAUUAUACAGUGGCAUCAUGCUGAAGGGUUGCUUUUGCCUUCUUUGAUUAUCGAUUGGGUUCUCAAUCAGUUGCAGGAGAAGGAAUCACUGGGGACACUACAACUACUAUUACCAAUCAUAUAUGGUGUCAUAGAAACAAUCAUCUUAUCUCAAAACUAUGUGCGUACACUUGUCGCAAUCGCAAUCCGUUUCAUCCAUGAACCCUCACCCGGAGGAUCCGACCUUGUGGAAAAUUCCCGUAGGGCCUACACCAUGUCCGCCCUAAUCGAAAUCCUCCGAUACCUAAUCCUCGCAGUCCCCGACACUUUCGUUUCCCUAAACUGCUUCCCUUUACCACCUUCAAUCCUCUCAAAUCCCACCACCGACAAUAACUCCUUAAUCACAAGGGUCAAACCCGCCACAUCUUCUGAACUUCAGGGACCAUUUUCGUCAAUCGAAACUCUCGUGUACUCCAUUCAGAAAUGCACGAUGAAUCUCGCGAGAGCUGCGAGGCCAGGGUACCCGGGGCAUAAUGUUGCGAAAUCGGUUCGUGAACUGGAUAAAGCUGUUACACAUGGGGAUAUUGUUAACGCGUAUAAAUGUUUGUUUGAGGAUUUUAAUGAUGAGAAUGUUGAUAAAAGGUGGAUGGCUGAUGUCAGCGCGAGUCUACAGUCGUCUCUGAAAUGGGUCGGAACGGUGAACUCGGCGUUUGUGUGUUCGGUUUUUUUUGUGUGCGAGUGGGCCACAUGUGAUUUUCGGGAUUCCAGGAAUGCCCCUGUUGAAGGUGUGAAGUUCAGUGGCAAAAGAGACUUUUCACAGAUAUAUAUCGCCACCAGGAUUCUCUCGAUGAAAAUGAGAAACAAGAGAAGAAAAGUCAAAGAUUUGUCUCGUUUCUUUCAGAGUCCGGGCCCGUUGCAUGAUGUUAUUGUCUGUUGGCUUGAUCAACACCAGGUUCAAAAUGGAGAAGGGUUUAAACGGGUUCAGUUAUUGAUAACCGAGUUGACUCGAUCGGGUAUUUUUUACCCUCAAGCAUAUGUGAGAGAGCUUAUUGUUAGUGGGAUCAUGGGUAAGAACGACAAUUUACUUGACAUUGAAAGGAAAAGGAGACAUUAUAAGCUCUUGAAACAUCUUCCUGGGUCUUAUGUUCAAGAUUCACUAGAAGAAGCACAGAUUGCUGAUGUGUCGCUUAUCUCUGAAGCCAUGCAGAUUUAUACAAACGAAAGGCGGCUUUUACUUCAUGAAAAUGUUAUUACCACAAAUGGAAAAAACAAUCAUAAGUUUGGUAGAAUACCUUCGCCGAAAAAUGUCAAGAUUGAAGAAGUAAUGGCUUCGAUUUCGGUUCUCCUCCACUUUCCGAAUUCCAACGGAAACGGAAUUGAUGAUUCCCAUGGUGUAAAAAGGCCCGUUGGGCCGGUAGUUAGCGAAGGACCAACACCUGGAUGUGAAGAAUGUAGAAGAGCCAAGAGACAAAAAGUUGAAGAAAAGAGCCCGUUUCUUCAUUUGUCAGAUGAUGAGGAUAUUUGGUGGGUUAGAAAAGGUGGUGUUACUGUUAAACCCAUGGAUUCUUUCCGGGUUGACCCGCCCGUGAAACCCAUAAAGCAACCCACAAGAGGGAGACAAAAAAUCGUGAGGAAAACCCAAAGUCUCGCCCAAUUAGCAGCUGCUAGAAUUGAAGGUAGUCAAGGGGCAUCCACUAGUCAUGUAUGCGACAGUAGAGUAAACUGCCCUCAUCAUCGAAAUGGCACCGAUGUCCCUAAACCACCAGAUUCCGUCGGAAUCACCAAUUCUGCCGGAAUCAGUAAUUCCAGAGACAUUUCUUCGAUCGGGAAAGUAAUUAAACGGAUCCCAUUAGAUGAGAAGAGGGUUAUUGUUGUUUGGUUGAUGGGUAUUGUGAAACAACUCGUUGAAGAGGCCGGAAAGGUGACUGAUUCCGGACCAAAAUCCGGUCAGUUUGGCCGGAAUCUACCGGUUGUUGAUGAUAAAGGGUUGGGAAAAUGGAAACUUGGUGAAGAUGAAUUAUCUAAUAUACUGUAUUUGAUGGAUGUUUGUGAUGAUUUGGUUUCUGCUGCUAGAUUUCUUGUUUGGUUGUUGCCUAAGGUUCAUGUCAAUCCGAUUCCUACUGUUCAUGGAGGGAGGAAUGUCAUGAUUGUUCCAAGGAAUGUUGAAAACCAAUUGUGUGCAGUUGGAGAGGCGUAUAUUUUAUCAUCUCUUAAAAGGUAUGAAAACAUCCUUGCUGCAGCUGAUCUCAUUCCGGAAACUUUAACCGCGAUGAUGCAUCGAGCAUCACUAGUCAUGUCUUCCAAUGGCCGUCUUUCCGGUUCCCCAUCUUUAAUCUUUUCCCGCCAAAUGUUAAAAAAAUACGCUGACGUGGCAACCGUCAUUGACUGGUCAAAGACCUUCAAAACAACAUCCGAUAAAAGACUCAUCAUGGAACUCGAAUCCGGCCGAUCAUCAGACGGCGAGUUUGGUUUCCCACUCGGUGUCCCGGCCGGAAUCCAAGAUUUCGACGAGUUCCUCCGCCAAAAAAUCACCGGAAUUCGUAUUUCCAGAGUUGGUUUGGGCAUGCGUGACACCGUCCAAAGACUUAUAGACGAAAACAUCCCUUCAUUUUACGGUCAAGACAAAAAGUCAACCUUCCCGGUCAAACGACCCGUGGAUGACGGGUACCCGAUAGCCCAACAAGUCGUAAAAGGGUUGUUAGAUUGCAUGAGACAAACGGGCGGGGCAGCCCAAGAAGGCGACCCGACUUUAGUUGCCUUUGCGGUUUCCGCAGUCGUAACUAAUGUCGGACAAGUGAUUGGUAAAAUUACCGAAAUAACCCCGGCGAGUUGUUUAUUUGCAAGACAUAUAUUAAAGAUUCAUUUGACGAUUUUGUCCCUACUAAAGGACGCAUUAGGUGAACGACAAAGUCGAGUGUUCGAAAUCGCCCUUGCAACAGAAGCUUCUUCUGCACUUUCCCAAGUAUUUACCCCUCCGAAAGCUUCCCGUGGUCAACUACAGCUUUCCCCCGAUACCCGUGAUCCAGGGGUAAAUUCGUCCAACGAAAAAACGUAUUCCAAACCUGCUAAAACAACCGGUGCGAUUUCCGCUCUUGUUAUUGGGGCGGUUCUUCAGGGGAUUGCGAGUCUUGAAAGAAUGGUGACUGUUUUUAGACUGAAAGAAGGGCUGAAUGUGAUUCAGUUUGUUAGGUCAACACGGUCAAACUCGAAUGGAAAUGUCCGGUCAACGCCAGUCAACGAUUCGAAAAUUGAUAAUUUGGUUGAAGUUUCGGUUCAUUGGUUCCGUGUUUUAAUCGGUAACACCAGAACCGUUUCCGACGGGUUCAUAGUCGAACUUUUGGGUGAAUCUUCCAUAAUUGCCCUUACAAGAAUCCAAAGAAUGCUUCCGGUCAACUUAGUCUUCCCUCCCGCAUUUGCCAUUUUCGGGUUUUUAAUAUGGAAACGGUUCAUUCUAAACCCGAAUGUCAUCACCCGUGACAACAUCACACAGUUAUUCCAAUCUUUAACCUCUGGAAUCACUGAUGCCAUCAAGCAUUUACCUUUCCGUGACGUAUGCCUCCGUGAAUGUUCAACAUUAUACGAUCUUGUAGCCUCGGACCCCACCGAUUCUGAAUUCGCAGCAUUCCUCGAUUCCAACGCCCCAAAAGUUUCCGCGUUUGUCCCGUUGCGUGCCCGGGUCUUUUUAAACUCCAUCAUUGAUUGUCAAUUACCUCCAGAAUUGGUGAAUCCGGAGGAUGCGAGUCGUGUUUCCGGACAUUCUGAGUCGCUUCUCGAAAAACUCGUACACAUUCUUGAUACUUUACAACCUGCGAAGUUUCAUUGGCAAUGGGUCGAACUUAGACUAUUGUUAAACGAACAGGCUUUAAUUGAAAAAAUGGAAGGUCGUGAUGCUUCUUUGGUUGAAGCUUUGAACUCUUUUUCACCAGAUGGGACUUCUGAGAAUGAAAAUAAUUUCAUUCAAAUGGUGUUGACCCGGCUUUUGGUCAGACCCGAUGCGGCCCCACUUUUUUCAGAAGUAGUCCACCUUUUGGGGAGAUCUUUAGAAGAUGAAGUUUUACUACAAGCUAAAUGGUUUCUCAGAGGACAUGAUGUUUUAUUUGGGAGGAAGUCGAUUAGACAAAGGUUAAUUAAUAUAGCCGAUAGUAAAGGGCUUUCGACUAAACCCCAGUUUUCGAAACCGUGGGGUUGGUGUAAUGGAAGUAAUUCCAUUCCGGGGUUGAAGAAAGGGAAUCAGAAACGCAAGUUUGAGGUUGUCGAAGAAGGGGAAGUGGUGGAAGACGGGAACGGAAUCGAAACGAAACGGAAUACGAAUAUUGAAGCAUUUGUGGUUACGCAACAGAAUGUGACGGAAAGGGCUUUGGUGGAAUUAUUGCUUCCGUGUAUUGAUGAAAGUUCGGAGGAUUCACGGGUUACGUUUGCAGGUGAUUUGAUUAAACAGAUGAAUGAGAUUGAGCAACAGAUAAGCGGGGUUACAAAUGGAGCGAAUAAACAGGCCGGAAUGGCUGUUUCCGGAGCUGAGGGUCCGGUGAGUAAAGCGAAUACAAGGAAGGGAAUCAGAGGCGGGAGUCCGGGAUUAGCGAGACGGAAUCCACCACCCGUUGAAGUGAUUCUACCUUCACCUUCGGCUUUGAGGUCUUCCAUGUCGUUGCGUUUACAGUUGCUGUUAAGACUGCUUCCUGUAAUCUGUGCUGAUGGGGAGCCAUCAUCACGUAGCAUGAGGCACAUGCUAGCUUCAGUGGUCCUUCGUCUACUUGGAAGCAGAGUUGUACAUGAAGAUGCAGAUCUUUCUAGCCCAGCUUCAAGAUUUUCCAUCAAGAGAGAAGUGGAGUCCAUGAUCGAAUCAUCUGGGACCGUUGAUCUUGGUGGAAGUCUUUUUGACCGUUUAUUAUUGGUGCUGCAUGCACUCUUGAGUGGGUGUCAGCCACACUGGAUGAAACCCAAAACUCUCUCCAAGUCCACCAUUGAAGCCACCACCACCACCACAACCACCACAAAUUUAUAUGAUCGUGAAGCCGCCGAAAGCUUGCAGAAUGAGCUGGACAACAUGCAACUUCCGGAAGCGGUGAGGUGGCGGAUACAAACUGCAAUGCCAUUCGUUUUCCCCUCCUUAAAGUUCACAAUCUCCUGCCAGCCACCAAACAUCCCUUUGUCAGCCAUCACCUCUCUCCAACCACCCGUACCUGUACCCGCUUCUGGAACCAUCCGGAACAUGCCAUCACGAGCCACCUCAAACGGUCCAACAAAACCCACCAAACCCAUACCCCCACCCAUACCCUCAUCACAACCCGACCCGGAUACCGAAAUCGACCCGUGGACCCUUCUAGAAGACGGAGCCGGGUCAGGCCCAUCUUCCAUAAAUGGAUCCGCAAUCGCGGGGACGGAUCACGCGAAUCUGAAAGCGUCCACCUGGCUCAAGGGUGCAGUGAGGGUCCGGAGGAUGGACCUCACUUACAUCGGUGCUAUAGAUGAUGACAGCUGAUUACACCACACCUCCCAAAAAGUCAAAAAGUCAAACCCUGUGAAAUUAUCAUUUUGGGGUUGUGGCCUGCGAAAAGGCAUGGAUGGGUAGGCGGGCACGUGGGGGUUUUAUGACAGACAAAACACACAAAAAUACAUUCGAUGGCUAACCUAACCGUGUGGUUGGUGGUUGGGAGAUUUGUUGUAAAUAUAGAGGGAAAUGAUUCGAAAAAUGAUAUGUCAAGUUUGUUUUGUUGUUGGGGGGUAUUUUAGGAAAUAAUAUUUUACAACAAGGGUCUUUUCAGUUUUCACAACACACUUGUGUAUUAUUAUUAUUAUUAUUGGUUACUCAUGGAGUAUCGUGGAAGGUUAU